AUGGUUCGCAACGCCGGCAAGUUCGGCAAGGCUAAGCGCGGAGGAGGAAGACAGUACGUGGCUCCUCCCCCCUUCAUCCUUCUCAGGCGGGGAGUAAAUGGGCAACUUGCUCGAUCUCCGCCCACCCAGAGUGCAGAAGUGCCUGGCAAAGAUUGAUCGAGCCCACUUUGUCUUCCUCCUCCCGUCUACCUACCUCAGCUUCUCGCGCGAUCUCUCUCGCUUGGACGCCGAUGGGAACUCUCAACAACUGGAAGGCUCGAACGACUCGGAUGAAUCCAGCAGCGAGGGAGAGUCCUCGUCCGAUGAAGAAGAAAUGCCCGCAACCCGCGUAGGUGAACUCCCACCCACUGCCGAAUCAGACGAAGACGAGCCCGAGGACGAAGGGCUCGUACGCAACCUCAACUCGACCCGGCUCACAACCCCGAGUUCGUUCUCGGGAUCGGCACCAUCGAACGCCUCGACCGACUUGCCUCGCCGAGGGCAUGUCAAGACAGCCGAUCAAGUCGCACAAGCGAGAAAGGACAAGAAGGCUGCCAAGAGUGGAGGGCAGGCCGCGACGAGAGCGCUGGGCAGCGAGAGCGACGACGACGACGACGACGACGACGACGACGAUGCGCUCGACAUGAUGAACGCCAACCAGAAACCCAACAAAGGGAUCAAGCUCGGCGACUUGGGUGCUCCCAAGGAGAUGUCGAGGCGCGAAAGGUUUGUCGACGUCGCAUGUUCCUCGCUCGGCAACUAGGAGUCACACUUACAAGCUUUUAAAUUGUGCCCACCUUCAAGGGAACAAGCCGACAAGAAGGCAGCGGCCGAACGCUAUGCCAAACUGCACGCCGCUGGAAAAGUGAGUCCCCAGUCAUUUAAAAAGCUUGGUGCUCCAAUCAGUCUAUCUUGUUCGUUCUUGCUCAAAAUUGUCGACGCUGUUUCGAUUGAUCAUUCAGACCGAUGCCGCUCGCGCCGAUCUCGCUCGACUGGCCGAGAUCCGAAAACAACGAGAACAGGCGGCAGCCCGUCGCAAGGCCGAAACCGAUGGUGAGGUGGCGUGCGUGCAUGGCAAACGCGAACCGAAUCUUGCUUGGACUGAUUAGCCAUACAUUCCCUCAGCCUCGGAAGCUUCGCGCCAGGCCGCGAUGGAGAAGAGUGGUCGCAAGACGGCCAAGAAGUAA